AUGAGCUUAAGUUUGAUAUGCAUUAAACUUAGUCUCUCUUUUACAUUUUACAAUAAAUACAUACAUAAGUAUUUUAGUGUAUAAAUUUAGGUAUUGUAGAAUAUCAUAAUUACAUCAUAGAAAUCUAUUAGAUAAGCAUUUAAAGUUUUGAAUAUGUUUAGAACAAAUCUUAUUAUUUUUAUUGUAAUCAUGAAAAAAAUAAUGCCAAAGUUUUAUUUGAAGGGCAAUAUGAUAAUCUUUGAUAUUAGAAACACAUAAAUCUCUAUUAUUUAGAUUUACUAAUAUAGUAACUUAUUUUUCAUCAAAAUACACUUUGGUAAUUUUCAAACUUUGAAACUAUUUGAGUUAAUUUAAAGGAAUCUCAUUACUUUUGAAUAUGUCUAUUCUUUUUGGUUUUAUCUUUUGACUAUUUCACUAAGAAACCUGAUUAUUUAAUGA